AGCCGGCGUACGUCAUGGCGGCCCGACGCCUCAACGGGGCUACCCGGAGCUGGGCCGGUUGGCGGGCCUGGGAGCUCCCGGACCCUGCCACUUCUGGGAGACUCCAUGUACGAGAUUAUGCCAAGAGAGGGCUGUUCCAGAUGAACGUGGGUCCCCCCAAGAAGCUGGAGGAGCUGGACCCUGAGACCCGGGAGUACUGGCGGUUGCUACGGAAACACAUCUGGCGUCACAACCGGCUGAGCAAGAACCAGAAGUUCUAGCAGGGGAGGGACCGGAGCACCUUGACCCUCCAAGGACUUUUUAUUUUCCAGAAAAAAACAGACUUUUCAGAGAACAAAGGAGACCCCAUCACUAGGGUUCUUGAGGGGCCCCCACAGAGAGGCUAGAUCAGGGUCCUGGGGGCCAAUAAAGACUUCGGGGCGACUGUUAAAAAAAA